AUGGCUGAUACUCAAGGGAAGGUCAUCACUUGCAAAGCUGCUGUAGCAUGGGGACCAAAGGAGCCCCUUGUAAUACAAGAAAUAUGCGUAGAUCCUCCUCAGAAAUUGGAAGUCCGAGUUAAAAUUCUCUAUACUUCCAUUUGCCACACCGAUCUUGGAGCUUGGUCCGGCGUGAACGAAGCUGAACGAGCAUUUCCAAGGAUUCUUGGCCACGAAGCUGUCGGGGUGGUGGAAAGUGUAGGAGAAGGAGUAAAAGAUGUUAAAGAAGGAGACUAUGUGAUUCCGGCUUUCAAUGGAGAAUGUGGUGAAUGUAGAGUGUGUACGCAAGAAGAGAGUAAUCUCUGUGAGAGAUACAAAGUGGAUCCAAUGAAGAGACUGAUGGUUAGUGAUGGAGGGAGGAGAUUCUCAACAACAACAAACAAGGACGGUGGUUCAUGCGAGAGCCAACGAAUUUAUCACUUCCUUAAUACUUCAACGUUCACAGAAUACACCGUCUUGGACUCGGCUUGCGUCGUCAAGAUCGAUCCUAAUGCUCCUCUUAAGCAAAUGAGCCUCUUGAGUUGUGGUGUCUCCACUGGGGUAGGAGCAGCUUGGAACACUGCCAAAGUGAAGGAAGGAAAAACCACUGCUGUCUUUGGAUUGGGCUCGGUUGGACUCGCUGUGGCUGAAGGUGCGAGAGCUAGAGGAGCUUCUAGGAUCAUUGGUGUUGAUGCUAAUGCUUCCAAAUUUGAGAAAGGUAAACUGAUGGGAGUAACAGACUUCAUAAACCCUAAAGACUCAACUAAGCCAGUACAUGAGAUGAUACAAGAGUUAACAGGAGGAGGCGUGGACUAUAGCUUCGAAUGCACAGGAAACGUUGAUGUUCUUCGUGAAGCCUUUUUAUCUACUCACGUCGGUUGGGGAUCGACGGUGCUAGUAGGAAUAUAUAUGACGCCAAGAACAUUGCCUCUUCAUCCAAUGGAGCUUUUCGAUGGCCGUACAAUCAUUGGUUCUAUUUUCGGCGGUUUCAAGCCCAAAUCUCAACUCCCAGAUUUUGCUCAACAGUGCAUGAAAGGGGUUGUGAAGUUGGAACCUUUUAUUACCAAUGAGCUUCCGUUUGCGGAGAUAAACGAUGCUUUUCAGCUGCUCCGCGAUGGAAAAUCUCUUCGAUGUAUUCUUCAAAUCGCCAAAUGA